AUGUCAAAGUUUCUCAUCAGCCUCCUCCUAGAGACAUUGUUUAAGGGCAGAGUCUGGCAAAAGGCAAAGCAAACUUCAACCAUGGCUAUGGACAGCAUUGUUAGGGGAAUAGACAAAGCUUUUGAUGCAGCUAAAGGGAAAAAACCUGAGGAGCUGCUGGUCAUGUACAAGGGGGUGCUAUACCCUAGUGGGAUGUGUUGCCCUGAGACCUUCCAAGCAUUGGACAUCAUGGAAGUUAGAAAAGAUGAUGUGUUCCUAGUUGCUUAUCCUAAAUGCGGAACAAAUUGGGUUCAACACAUUUUAAAUGACUUGACAUCUGCAGUUUCAAAGAAUAAGGAGGAGGUACCACCAACAGAGCAUAUUCAAAUGCUUGAAUUUGGAGUGCCAGAAAAAUUUCAGAAAAUAAAAAGUUUUCCUUCGCCACGUGUUUUUACCACACAUCUCCAUUAUGAUAAUAUUCCCAAGGCUGUUUUUGGGACUAAAGCAAAGGUACUGGUGGUAUUUCGAAAUCCAAAAGAUGCAGCUGUAUCCUAUUACCACUUCUACAACAAAAAUCCUGGGCUUCCAAAUGUCAGCUCCUGGGAUGAGUUCUUUCAGAAGUUCAUGAGUGGAGAAGUCUGCUGGAGCUCAUAUUUUGACCAUGCUCUUGCCUGGAACAAAUACAUGGAUGAAGAGAAUAUCAUGAUCAUCACAUAUGAAGAAAUGAAAGAGAACUUACUUGGAAGAGUGAAACAAAUAGCUGAAUUUUUGGGGUUCUCUCUGCCUGAGGAGAAGAUUCAGUCUAUUGCAGAGAAUGCCACAUUCGAAUCAAUGAGCAAUAAAUCUCAAGAAACACAUGGCAAAUUUGGUUCCAUCUUUUUCAGAAAAGGUACUGUUGGAGAUUGGAAGAAUCUGUUCACUGAGGCUCAAAGCCAAGAAAUGGAUGCCAAAUUUGAAGAAUGUUUAGCAGGAACAAAACUGGGAGCCAGGCUAAAAUAUGAUAAAUACUGCAAAUACUAA